UUGCACUUUUCUCUCUCUCUUCUUCUGGCCUUUCCACGUCAUCAUUCUCGCUAUCCUACUCCGCGCGUUCACAGCGCCUCCCCCAAGCCUAUCUCCAUCCUUUGCUUUCAUCCUUCCCCUUUUCCGGCGCACGUUAGUCUUCACCAGCAUCCCAUUUAGUCUUUGUUAGUUGCAAUUUUUAACAAGCCAAAAGCUCAAAGCUUGAAUUGGUUCUCUUCCACUCAUUCCCGUUUUCUGCUUGUGUCGCCGGCCGGGGGCGGAAAAAGAUCGAAGAUUUUUAGCUCUGCUAAUUUGCGCUGUUCCUUGUUAUCCAAAUCCGGAUGGUUGAUUCAUCGGGACCAGUCUGUGUUAUUAUCUUGCCCGUUAGCACUUCGGUGUCAAAUAGUGAAUUUCUACAUCUCGUGGCCGAACGUUAAUGGGGAACGGUUGAAAAGAACAUCUAAGCCUAGGAGGCUUCGUUUCGCCGUGGGGUUUUAUGUUUUGAAUUCUCCUGGUUGAUGGGUUCUGAGGCUUGCUUUGAGAGUUUUCGGUGAUUACUUAUUAGUUUGUGUUAUGGAGACUGAAGAAAUUAAUUUGAACAAAGAAUCUAUUGUUGGUGCUGGAAAUAAUAGCAAGAAUGGUGAUGGAUUCAUUGAUAGAAGCAAAGUUAGGAUUUUGUUAUGUGACAACGAUGCCAAGAGUUCGGAAGAAGUGUUUACGCUUCUCUUGAAGUGCUCAUAUCAGGUUACUUCCGUAAGGUCUGCAAGACAGGUCAUUGAUGCAUUGAACGCAGAGGGGCAAGAUAUUGACAUCAUACUCGCUGAAGUUGAUCUCCCUAUGAAGAAGGGUUUGAAGAUGUUGAAGUAUAUUGCACGAGACAAGGAACUGUGCCGAAUCCCUGUUAUAAUGAUGUCGGCACAAGAUGAGGUAUCCGUCGUUGUUAAGUGCCUAAAACUCGGAGCAGCAGACUAUCUAGUAAAGCCUUUACGGACUAAUGAACUAUUAAAUUUGUGGACACACAUGUGGAGAAGGAGGCGCAUGCUUGGACUUGUAGAGAAGAACAUCUUGAACUAUGACUUCGACCUGGUUGUAUCAGAUCCUAGUGACGCUAAUACAAACAGUACCACCCUGUUCUCAGAUGAUACAGAUGACAAGUCCAAGAGAAGCACUAAUCCUGAGAUAGGAAUGCCUAUCCAACAGGAACAUGAGUCAAUUGUAGCUGUUGCCUCUGCUGCUGCAGUUGUUGAGGGGCCUCCAAAUGCUCAAGCAUCAGAAUAUCGUCCUGAAGUGCCUGGAAUCAGUGAUCGCCGAACUGGACAUUUUUCAGUUGGUCCCAAGAGGAGUGAACUUAAGAUUGGGGAGUCAUCAGCCUUCUUCACUUAUGUCAAAGCAGCCACAAUGAAGAGUAACUUCCAACCAGUUAUUCAUGUUGACCAUAAUGCUGCUACACAUUUGAGCAUGGAAGAUGCACAUCAAGCUUGCACUCAACAGGGGGUUAAUGAUCUUCAAAUACAUGAAAAUGGAGAGACAUGUGAAGGCCAUUCACAGGAUGACUUACCCAGCAGUAAUAGCAUCCCAGAUUCUUUCUCCAUUGAAAGGUCUUCUACUCCUCCUGCGUCAAUGGAAAAUUCACAUCAAAAACACUUAAUGGAAGAAUCUUUACCUCAGGGCAUGAUCCAUCCAAGAAAUGGAACUCAUAAUUCUGAACUUGAAGUAUCUGGCAUGCCUGGCCAACAUCAUUAUCCAUAUUAUAUUUCAGGGGUUGUUAAUCCCAUAAUGAUGCCGUCAUCAGCACAAUUGUACCAAAAGAAUCUCCAGGACCUGCAAGCCCAUGCUGGUCCAGCUAUCAUUGCACAAUACAAUCAUCUUUCGCAAUGCCCUCCUCAUACAACUGGGAUGACGUCCUUCCCAUAUUACCCAAUGGGUAUAUGCUUACAACCUGGACAGGUGUCUACUGUUCAUUCAUGGCCAUCAUUUGGUAGUUCAACUUCAUCUGAAGUCAAAAUAAGUAAAGUUGAUAGAAGAGAAGCGGCAUUGAUGAAGUUUAGACAGAAAAGGAAAGAACGCUGCUUUGAUAAGAAAAUUAGGUACGUCAAUAGGAAACGACUUGCUGAAAGACGGCCACGGGUAAGAGGACAGUUUGUCAGAAAGUUGAAUGGUGUAAAUGUUGAUCUUAAUGGCCAACCCGCUUCCACUGACUAUGAUGAGGAUGAUGAAGAAGAUGAAGAGGAUCAUGCAGCGCGAGAUUCCUCGCCUGAUGAUGCGUGAGAAUGUCCGUAUGCUGCUUUGCGGGAGGAUCUAGUAUUUGGUUCCAGCAUGGAGUCAGUCACGGACCUGCCUUUUUUCCAUGCUUGAUGAAGACUUGCCUCAGCAUGAUGAUCAUGGGCAUACAUGUGUUAGUGACGCUUAUCCAAUUUGCGGCCCCCAUCAUCUGAAGCCCAGACAAAUUCUUGCUUGGUACUAACUCAAAAUGCGUCCUACUUGAGCUCUUCGUUGUGCGGAAUGUGGUUGAAAAUAUCGUGUUUGUGUUUAAUUGAAACUAUUAGAAGCUGUUGGUGCUUACUUAUGUUUAUGGAGAAAUGUAUGAUACAUAAAGAAUUUUCCGAGAAAUUAGUUUUGUUGUCCAAGAAUUUACUGUCGAGAAGAAAUUUAACAGCUAUCCGAAGUCUUUUGGCUUCCCCUUCCUUGAUGUCUCCUUGUGAAGUAUCUUAUGAAGUAAACUUGGAAUGGUGAAA